GCCUUCAAAACCCUAAACCCUUUAAUCAACCCUUCUGUGAUUUUCGCUUUGUCGAUUGAAUGAGCGAAGGUUCUCAUUUCGCCAUUCGCGUUCGAUAAAUCUUUGGAGGACCACAACUCUCUCCAAUUCGUAAUUUUAGUUUCUUUUAGAACUUGUUGUUUGCCUUGAUCUCAAAGAUCUUUUGUAGAGAUGACUACGUUUCACCUCACAAACCCUAAUCACUUAUUAUCGUCUUCUUCGGUUUCUAUUGUGUUCGGUAAGAAGGUGGUCUCCGGAGAUGGUCUCCACAUCGCCGCUUCUCCGGGACUUCGCCGAAGAAGCUCACGGAAUCGAAGCAACAUUGGUAUCUGCUGUUCUUUUUCUUCGUUCCCUCCCACGGAGUCAGCUAGGAUUAAGGUCGUAGGUGUUGGUGGUGGAGGAAACAAUGCUGUUAAUCGGAUGAUUGGAAGCGGAUUACAGAGUGUUGAGUUCUAUGCCAUAAACACGGAUUCUCAGGCUCUAUUACAGUCCGCUGCGGAGAACCCACUUCAAAUUGGCGAGCUCUUGACUCGUGGACUAGGUACAGGUGGUAAUCCUCUUCUGGGAGAACAAGCUGCAGAGGAAUCAAAAGAAGCAAUAGCAAAUGCUCUCAAGGGCUCAGAUCUUGUGUUUAUUACCGCAGGUAUGGGUGGUGGCACAGGUUCUGGUGCUGCUCCUGUUGUUGCCCAGAUAUCAAAGGAAGCGGGUUAUUUGACUGUCGGUGUGGUUACCUAUCCUUUCAGCUUUGAAGGACGUAAAAGAUCUGUUCAGGCAUUGGAGGCUAUUGAAAAAUUACAAAGAAAUGUCGAUACUCUUAUAGUGAUUCCCAACGACCGUCUAUUGGAUAUUGCUGAUGAACAGAUGCCCCUUCAGGAUGCAUUCCUUCUCGCUGAUGAUGUUCUACGCCAAGGAGUGCAAGGAAUUUCUGACAUUGUCACAAUACCAGGACUGGUGAAUGUGGAUUUUGCAGAUGUCAAGGCAGUCAUGAAGGACUCUGGAACUGCAAUGCUUGGAGUGGGGGUUUCUUCUGGAAAGAACCGUGCUGAAGAAGCAGCUGAGCAAGCAACUUUGGCUCCUCUUAUUGGAUCUUCAAUACAAUCUGCUACAGGAGUUGUGUAUAAUAUCACGGGAGGGAAGGACAUAACCUUGCAAGAAGUAAAUAGAGUGUCCCAGGUAGUCACUAGUUUGGCUGAUCCUUCAGCUAACAUAAUAUUUGGGGCGGUCGUGGAUGACCGUUACAAUGGCAAAAUCCAUGUGACAAUUAUUGCAACCGGCUUCUCACAGUCAUUUCAGAAGACACUGUUGACAGACCCCAAGGCAGCCAAGAAAGUAGAGAAAGCCGCUGUGAGCCAAGUUGCUUUUCCUCAGCAGUCACCAGCUGCAGCAUCCAGUGCUCAAUCUCGGCCCCCCCGGAAGCUCUUCUUCUAGCCUACACUUCCUAGGAAAAACAAAUUUUAAUUCAUUCUUUUUUCUUUCUUCAAUGUAGGAAAGAUUUCUGUUUUUCUUUUCCCCCUUUGCUAGGGUUGGGAGGCUCUUCAAUUUCUUACAAAUGUAAUGUUCUUGAAACCCUUUUUAAUCACGUAUGUACCAUUUUGAGGUUCUCCCUCUAGAUCCAAUUUUCUUGU